UUAGUUUUGUUGCCCACUUUAUCGUCAUUCUUUCCUAAGGAAUUUCGGCUGGCUAACUUCCCAGGAGGAGGAAAGUUCUAUCUAGGAAGAGUAAUAGGUGAAUACUGAAAUUGGCAGUGGAUUUUCAGUUCCCCGAAUUGUUAGAUAGUCUGCCGGUAUUGGUGAGAAUCUGUCCUUCCUGAACCCGUAAUUUGCCAACUUAAUCACAUAAAUUAAACUUGAAAAACAAACUAGAAUCAAUUCUGUGAAAUAUUGUUUGCCGAAGCCAAGAAAGUGUUACUUAACAUUGUUUCAGUAAACAAAAUUAAAGAAAAAAAACUAAUUUGUUUCCACUUUCAACAGACUUUUAAAUUUAUAUAGCGAUUCACAAAACUAGUUUCGUCAAACGACCUCUUCAGUUGAUCGCCACAUUAUUCAAGAUAACAGACACUGUACGUAGCAAUGCAUGAAAAAUGACCCGUAGCAGUAAUGAGGCUAUUGGCCUACAACAGUCCCUGGGAUGCCUACGUAGUUCCAUUCACUUUUUUUUUUUUUCACCCUAAAUGACCCGAUCCUUUGCCAAGGGAUUGGUAAUACCAUGGCUUUCUUUAUGGGGAGAAAUGCCUUUUACAAAAGUGUGUGUGUAACCACACCUUAUGAGCUGUUUAUUGAUUAUUGUUUAUUAUCAUUUUGCCACUCAAACAAACAUAUACGAAGAAAGUUUAAAAGAAGAUGAGGCAAGGGAACCCAAAAGAGCCAAGAAAGCCAAGAAUAAGGCUUGUGAAUAGGACUCCUUAAGUCGAACUUAAUGUCCACCCAAAUCGUAAUUUAGGUGGCAUGGUCUCAUGAUAAAUUCGACGUCUUUCCCCCUUCUUAAGUGAAGGAUUAUACUACCUGAUUGGUACUUUUAAAUUUCGCGAUUUUAGCGAUUCUAAAAAAAUCGCGAAAUUAAAGAGCCGCGAAUAUAAAUCCACGCGAAAUGUUAAAACCCAUGUAGAAAAUUCAAAACAAGCCAAAAAAAAUUAACAAUUUAGCAACAAAAUAUACAUUAUGUUCAACAAACACCACAAAUUGUUGAUUGGUUUUACUGGCAAUUAAAAGUUCCAUUUUGUAUGUUCAGUUGUGAAAUAGCGUUAAUAGCAAAGAUUUCACACAUUGCUUGUUCCAGUUUAUCUAAAAUAAAAUCAACUUGAGAACGCUUAAAUCGCGAAAUUUAAUGGCCUUUUUUCAUAUUUGCCUGUAGAAAUCGAGAAAAUAAAACCCCCUGAAAAACUAUCUUGCCAAAUUCGCCGAAUUAAGUAUUUCUUUUUCUUUUUUUUUUCUGCCUACUUUCUUCAUGAAUUUUUGCCGCGUAGGUAUUUCGAGUACUCGUGAAUUUUAUGUUUUCGUUUUUCUAUCCAGGUUGUUCCGGUUAUUACUUUGAAAAAUACCAAGAUUUACCAACCAGAGGAGCUCACGCCGUGGAACAUUUCACCAUCCAUGGAAAUCUAUUUCUCGCCUUCGCAAACUUCCGUAGCGACACCUCCGAAAAACACAACACAGACUCAUUCCUCUACAAGUUCAACGACUCAACUGGAAAGUUCUUCCUUUACCAGACCAUAGGUACAAGUGGAGGGCGUGAGGUAGAAUAUUUUACAAUUUCUGAUGAUCAUUAUCUUGCUGUUGCUAAUAGGUAUAAUGGAAUUACGAGCAGACUGAACUCAGUUAUUUAUCGUUGGAAUGGAACAUUGUUUGUUUUCUUUCAAAACGUUCCAACGCUAGGAGCAAUCGACUUUAAUUUUUUUACGAUAGACAAAGAACCCUUUCUUACCGCAGCCAAUUAUCGGAACGAUGUUACAAAAAGUAUAAACUCAAUCAUCUACAAAUGGAAAAACCAAAGGUUUGAAAAGUUUCAGGAGAUAGCAACAAAGGGAUGUCGUAAAAGUGUUGCGUUUGAAAUUAAUAAUGAAAGCUAUGUUGCUUUUGCUAACUCUGUCGGAAACUCAGUCGUUUAUAAGUGGUCAGGGAAAGGCUUCCUCAAACUGCAGACUCUCCAAAAAGCAAUGGGUGCAAAUUUCUUUUAUAUCAAUGAUCACGCGUUCCUGGCCAUUGUCUCUACUCACUCGUUUAUUUACGAGUGGAAUGGAAGUAAGUUUGUGUUAUUUCAGUCUAUUACUACUCCUGCAACCUGGCGUUCGCAUUCAUUUGUCCGAUGUGGUCAAACGUUUCUGGGGGUAACUGAUCGGUCCAGCACAAAAUCCUCGCUGUAUCGAUUCUCUAAUGGCCGGUUCAUUAAAUAUCAAGAGAUUUCAACCUCUGGCGCCAUUGAUAUGACGACAUUUGAAUACAAGGGUCAUGCUUACCUGGCUGUUGCUAAUUCAGGAGAUAACAGCACUCUGUACAGGUGGACCUAA